CUCAUAGCAACCAAGGGACCACAGAUAAACACCGGAGCCUUGAGUGCAGUGAGCAAUGGAAGGUGGAAGUGAGGGAGGAGGUGAGGAGGUGAGAAUGACUCCCACAGAUGAGAAGACCAGUGGGCAGUCAGAUGCCCCUGACGCUGCAGAAGAUUCUGGAGUCACUGUUCCCAUCCCUGAGGGUGGCUCAGAGGAGCAGGCGGGCACCGAUCAGACCGUGUCCCACUCCCUCAUGGGAGCCAGUGGCACUGAGCUGGCACUUCUGGAGCCAAGUGGAUCAGACGGGAGUCAGCUGGUGCCCCUGCCCCCGUACCCCUCCGAGCACUUCUCAGAGAGCCAGGGAGAGGGCACCCAGCAGGGCUACAACGAGGAGGACGACGGAGAGGAGCUGAUGGUGCUGGAUCCAGAUCACCCAUUGAUGAAAAGGUUCCAGUCCGUUCUCAAGGAUCAUCUCUGUAAGCAACUAGAGAGACUCAAUAUGGAUCUACAAGAGAAGGUGGCGGUGGAGAAGAUGGAGGCGGCUGGGCGGGAGCGGCUGGGCGUGGAGCUGUACUCGGUGCAGCUGGAGCUGGCGCGGCUGCAGGCGCGGCUGGAGGAGCAGCACGAGGCCAACAUGCGCGCGGCCACGCAGCGCCGCCAGCACCAGCAGCAGCUGGAGCUCACCAGGGGACGCCACCACAGCACCAGCCACCAGGCCGCCAAGCAGCGCACGCGCGUGACGCAGCUGCAGACUGAGCUGGAGAGUGUGGCCACGCGCCUCCUCUACAUGCAGGAGGUGAGUGAUGACCUGCGCUCCGACAUCGCCGUCAUGAAGAACGCCUCCCGCAAGGCCCACACUGAGAAGACUCAAGCAGAGGAGCAGAAGUAUCAACAGGACCUGUAUGUGGAGCGGCUGACCAAGAACAUGGAGAAGCUGAACGAGGAGAUCUCCAUGUAUCAGGUGCAGGCUGGUGCCCAGUCGGAGGAGACCCAGGCUGCCAAGGAGGCCCUGGCUGAGGCUCAGAUGGAGAUGGAGGCUCUGGAGGUGGAGAAGAAGCAGCUGAUGCAGCAGUGGAACAGCAGCCUGCUCGGCAUGAGGAAGAGAGACGAGGCCUACACAGCCAUGCAGGAUGCUCUCAGCCAGGGCAGUCACGAGGUGCGUUCUCUGGACACGGAGAUCGACGGCUUCAAGAAGUCCAUCACGGCCGAGGAGGAGCGCAACGAGCUGCUGACCGUGCUGCUGAACCGCGCCCAGCUGGACAUGAGCACCUGGCGCAAACUCAUCAGCCAGAGCCAGGGCCAGCAGGAGGCGCUGCAGAGCCAGUACAGCACCUACACGCGCAUGCUGCACGAGAGCGAGGCCACCCAUGCACGCCUUAACGUGGAGUGUAAUGUGCGUCAGUCGGAGGUGAUGGGCCUGAGGAAGCAGGUGGAGAAGGAGUCGGCCACGCGGCUGACGCUGGAGGAGAGGAUCAUGGGUAAACUGCAGGAGCAGCUCACCCACGACAGCGCCGCCAAGUACUCCCGCAGACUCACCAGCAAGAUGGCCGCCCACAAGAGGGACCUGGUGGCGCAGCUGUCGUCGGUGGAGAACGACCUGGCCCAAGUGACCCUGGCGGCCAACGAGGCGAGCCAGCGCGUGGAGAACCUGGACCGGACGCUGGCCCAGCUGGAUCAGGAGAUCGCCCAGCGCCACGCCCUGCUGACGGCCAGCGAGGCCCAGAUCGCCAAGCAGGUCACCGUCAUCGAGCGCAAACAGGCCACCAUCAACGUCUACAACAAGAAGAUCCAGCAGAUCGUGGCCACCACUGGGCAUGAGGACCUGGGUCCCCUGGAGAUCCGGGCGAGCACCCUGAGUAAGGAGCUGGAGGAGGUGGGGGCCGAGAUCAAGGAGCAGCAGCAGUUCUGGCUGUGGCAGCAGGGGGAGCUGGUGAGGCUGUCUCAGGAGAAGCAGGCCCAGAGCUCAGCCCUGCACAGCCUCCAGACACAGCUCGUCAUACUGCAGCAGAGGAAAGUGCGCACCGAGAAUGAGAUUGAGCAGGAGCGGCGUGAGCAGUCGGAGCUGGAGCAGCACAUGAAGGGCCUGCGGGGCGACAUGCUGAAGCUCAACUCGCUGCUCAGCGACAACGGGCAGCUGCGCCAGGCUCUGGAGCAGGGCAACGUCCUCAUGGAGAACCAGUUCCUCAGCCGCCUCAAGGAGGCGGAGAGGGACGCCAUUGAGAAGCAGAUGAGGCUGGAGAAGAUUCAGGAGGAGAAGGAGAGACUGCUCAACAGCCUGGUGGAGGCAGAGAGACAGAUCAUGUUGUGGGACAAGAAGACCCAGCUGGUGAGGGAGACGCGCUCGGCUGUGGACUCUGAGAUUGGACAGGGGGACAUCCGAACCAUGAAGACCGAGAUCCACCGGAUGGAGGUGCGCUACGGUCAGCUGGUGAAGCAGCAGGAGCGUCUGCUGCGGGACAUGGAGGCGGUGGUGGCGCGGCGGGAGAGCAUCGUGCUGCGCAGUGAGGCCCAGGCGCGCAGCGACCGCCAGCACAGGCACACCACCAACACCGACCUCCACAACAUGCUGCAGGGCCUGCGCCGCAACAUCGCCCACACACACAAGCAAGCGGAGACGUGUGCGGGCGUGCUGCUGGAGCUGAAGGAGUCCCAGGGCUCUCUGGGCAGCAGGCUGAGGGAGAAGCAGCAGCAGGUCACCGAGCUCCGCAGCGCCAGCACCGUCCUGGCCGACGACCUCCACUACCUGCAGGACACCAAGGACAAGAACCUGGCGCGUCUGGUGGCCCUGCAGAGCCGGACCAAGCAGCUGCAGCUGGUGCGUGAGGGGCGCUACAGCGCGGUGGCGUCCGGCGAGGGCCCGCUGGCGUCGGCCACGCAGCGGGAGGAGGCGCGUCUGGUCAGCGUGGCCGCCGUCCUGCAGCGCGUCUGCCAGGAGCACCCGCAACACCAGGGGGCGCUGAGGCGCAUCACGCUGGCACUCAGCACCCACGUGCAGGAGAGCCAGUGAGGCAGGCCAGCGGAGGGGAGGAGGACGCAACUAGAGCUCAGGACAGGAGGGGGGGCGGUGGGGUUUGGGGCUUAGGAUCUUAGGGUAGCAGCCACAGUACAUCCAAGAUGUCUUUUAUUCAGGUAUUAAUGGGUCAGAGUUGAGGUUGAAGUCAAAGGUGGUGGUUUGGAGAGCAUACGAGUGGAUUAGGAGGGUUCUGGAGGUGGAUGUGUGGAUCAUGGAGCACCAGUGAUACCAGCAAUAAGUAUUUAGGCCUUAUCUGGUGGCAUUAAGAUUUCAGUGCUAUUUUCUUUGCCGUUAUAUAUUCAAUAUACAUUAAAUUAUAAUCUGUACUGAAUAAUAAUUCAAAAAAGUGUUGCAAAAAAUUGCUCUGA